CGGCGGGGCAAGCAGUCAGUCCAGGGAAGCCGUCAGUGGUGUAGAGAGCGAGCUGGACUGUCUCGUGUCCCGCCUUGCCGCCUUGCUGUUCCUCGCUCAUCUUGGCGCCUUCUUCAUCUUGACAAGCGAGGGUGUUGAAAGAAGGAAAGUAAUACGUGAGGCGGCAAACUGUUGAUCAGGCAGCGGUGGUGCCUGGCGAUGUGACUGGCGCGGCAAGAAAGCCAGGGGAAGGGAAAACAGUGAAGGGGGACUUGCUAUAUUUGCGGGCCGUGCUCAAGCGUGAGCGACGGACCAGCGCGGCGGAAACUUUGGUCAGGUGUGCAGAGUGUCGUGAUGUGCCACCGCCCCGCAACACACCUGUCCCUUUGCCGGGUGGUGUGGCGAGCAGGUGUGGUGGUGUAGGUGUGCACAGGUGUGGCCUGACACUGCUUAGUUGUGUGCCGAUGUGACCGAGUGUCCGCCUCAUCACUCGUCCAUCACUGCAAGAAAACUUUCACAAGGCAAUUUGCAACAUUCUCCAAGGCAAUCCCUCUCCAUUACACGGCAGCGAGGUAGCUCCCUCCGCCCCUUCCUUCAGGACGCAAGCAACACCUACAGGUGUGAGCAGACAGCGCAUGACCUCACCUCUCCCUCACUUCACAACGCCGCCAGCCCGCCAGCCCGCCAGCUGCCUGAGGAGCAGCAGCGAGCGUGACGUGAGUGACGCGCCAGGCGUCUAAAAGGCGGGACGCAGAUAACACAUAAGCCGCUUCCAAGGAAAUACAAAUAAAGCUUCAUCUCUUGCUUGUGUGGAUAAGGAAAGAUGUCUUGAGGUGACGAUGAGAAGUGUGUUGUUAUUACAAUGACCCAGCAGGCUAUGACCUUGAGAGUGAACCUUCAUGUUGCACCUCGCAGCGGCAGCAGCGGCACCACCAUCACUACCACCACCACCACCACCACACCUAGCGGGACACCCUGGGCCCCGCCACUCCCUAGGAGGGCGGCAUGCUGCGCCAGGCGGUGAGGCGCCCGCUGACGUGGGAGGCAGGGCCGUCCCUUCCCUCUGGCGGGAGGUGAGUGGCGAGUGUGAACCUGCGUGCCGGUGUUGUGUGCGUGUGCCGGACGCCCACCAGGCGCCAUCAAGCCACCACCAGGGGUACAAGGAGUGCCCAGGGGAGGCGCCCAGGCUCAUUGCGGCGUCCUUUCCUAGUCCUGGUGAGCGCGAGUGUGGGCACGAUCUGACGCGUCCUUUACUUGGGGCCAUCUCCUCCCUUCCCUCCCCCACUACACCUCCCCCCUUCCUCCCAUCCCUACGGCCGCACCCACCCCUUCACCCACCUCCGCCCUGCGCUCCCCUCCCUGCCCGUACGGAGGUGCCGCACCGCUCCACCACCACCACGCCUCGCCAACCUGUGUCCUCCGCGGGCGGUGGCGCGGCGCCGGCUAUUCCCCCCCUGCCCCCAAGAACUACUCCGAAUGGAAAUGAGGGGAGUGCGAGGAGAGAAAAGAGUCAGGUGGAGGGAGUAAGCCCCAGGAGAGUGUGGCGAGGCGGCGGGAGCGGCCCGGCUGGCGGCGGCGCCCUCACCAUCCGCCUCCCCACCACCUGCCUCCUCGCCCUCACGCCGGGUAGCUGCGGCUGCGGCACCACCACCAUCCCGUGGCUUGCCAAGGUGGCCGUGGUGCUCCUCGCCCUCGUCUCCACCGCCGCCGCCUCCUACAAGUUAAAACCCACCACCACGGUCACGCACUUCACGCUGGCUGGCUCACCUGGACAGCUGCCGUGUGAGUUACCUGUGCCAUCUGACCGGCCCACGCUCAUCCUGUGGUACAAGGACGAGAACACCAAGCCCUUCUACAGUUUCGACGCGCGUGAGGCUUCCUCAGGCCACCACAAGGUUCACGAAAACUCCAGCCUCGGCCGCCGGUCUCGCUUCACCCUCGAGACCAUCCCACAGAAUUUUCAGACUCGUGUGGGCUUCCUGGAGGUCAAGGAUGUCACGCUGGCGGACGCUGGGAACUACACGUGUCGCGUUGAUUUCAUGACCUCGCAGACCAUGAUGUCCCUCGUCCAGCUCCACGUGCAUGAGGAGAUACAAGACAUAGAGGUCUUCGACAACUACGGAAAGCUCAUUGGGGAGGUGGCGGGGCCCUACCAGGAGUCUUCCCCACUCAAACUGUCCUGCCGCGCCUAUGGUGGUGAGUAUAUCACUGAGGUGAGCGCGGCGCGGGGCGGGAUGAAGGCAGGUUUCAUUUACCCCACAGUGCCGCCGCUAAAGGUGGAGAUCGAGGGGACCGACGUACCGUUCAGGGCCGGAGUUCAGGCGUCUAUAAUGUGCAGGUCGACGGGCUCCAAGCCGCCCGCCACGCUCGACCUUAAGAUUGAUGGCUCUACGGGCUUCAAGGCGCUGCCCCCUCAGUCGUCGCUUGACCAAAACACGACCAUUAGGAGAGGUCACCUGCUGCCCUCCUCGGAAGACAACGGGCGGACCGUCACGUGCACCGCCAACAACCCGCUGGUGCCAGACUACCGCCUCUCCGCCACCAGGAGACUCCAGGUGCACUUCGCCCCGGAAGUGCAGGCCCGCCUGGCGCCCGCCCUCAACCCCAAGAACAUCAAGGAAGGCGAGGACGUGUACUUCGAGUGCCACAUCAGGGCCAACCCGCCGGAGAGCCGCGUGCAGUGGCUCCACCAGGGGCGGCCGCUGUUCACGGUGAGGGAGAAGGGCGUGCUGGCCCAAGCGAGGAACCUUGUGCUGCAGAGGGUGAGUCGCCACGCCCAGGGCAAGUACCAGUGCACCGCCACCAACGCCAUCAACACCGUCACCAGCGACCCUGCCACCCUCGACGUCAUGUUCGCCCCGGAGUGCAAGGAGCCGCGCAACGUGACAGUCUCCGUGACCGCCACGGAGGAGGUGACGCUCGACUGUGCCGUGGAGUCCAACCCAGAGGAGGUCAGCUUCACGUGGAAGGUGAACAGCAGCCGUGGCGUGAAGGAGCUUCCCGCCUCCACCUUCACGUCGCACGGCACCACCAGCAGACUGGUGUACAAGCCGCAGGAGCACGCGCACACGCACGAGCAAUAUGGCGUCGUGUUCUGCUUAGGCACAAACAAGAUCGGGAAGCAGAAGGUGCCAUGUAUGUUCGUCAUUACACCAGCAGGACCCCCCGAGGAGCCCGUGUCCUGCUCCCUGGUGAACCACAGCGCCACAUCCCUGGCUGUGGCGUGCGUCCCUGGCCAUGACGGCGGCCUGCAGCAGCACUUCCUUACCACGGUGCGGGACGCGGCUACACAGGAGGUGGUGGCCAACAUUUCCUCGCCCACUCCGUCGUUCAGCGUGGAGGGAUUGGCUCCGGGUCGCGACUACCUGCUGCUGGUAACGGCGGCCAACGAGAAGGGACGCUCCACACCUUACAUCAUACAGGGAUUCGCACUGAAGGUCGCCGAGAACAAGAUCAAUGACUCAAGCACGGCCGAGUCCUCUCCACUACUAGCUGUGUUCGUGGGUGUGGUGAGCGGGUUUGUGUUCAUCCUCACUGUGCUGGCCGUGGCGACGCGUUCCCGAUGCCGGCGCCGCAGACGGAGAGCGAACGCGGAGUCUGACAGCAACAAACUCACAGGAGGAGGAGGAGGAGGAGAUGAAGUUCCUCCUUCGCCCUCCACCAAAGCUUCCCUGGACGAGGUGGAGGAGGAAGAUGAGGAGGACGAGGACGGCAAUACGGCAGAGUCUCAAGGUGGACUUCUCGAGCCGCGGGAAGUGGAGUCACAGGAUCCAGGCAGCCCCGGCAGCGGCUACAGGACAUAUGUGCCCGCGCAGCAGCAGCAGCAGCAGCCACUCCACCCGCCGGGCGCCAGCAACAGCCACAAGUACUACAAGAUCAAGAUCAACUGUACAAGACUCAAUAACGAGAGUUUUGUCUAGCGCGGCCUCGCUGUGGAGGCCGAGGUGGAAUUGUUACGGACCUGUUAUGUACUGGCCCUGUUAAGCGGCCGCCACCCUCGGCUGGGCGCACCAGGGGAGGGCCAGAGAGUGACCACGGGGAGGCCGGCGUGCCACGCCUCCCAGGCCUAAUUGUGGCCGGAGGCUUUGUGGUGCCGCACAGGGAGGGAGUGCCGCCCCCGGCUGAAUCGGCUGGUGGGUGACCAGGCAGCAGGCACCGGGUACCAGGCGCCCUCCCCGCCCACUCACGGGCCCGCCUAGUCCCAGCCGGCGGGUUCAGCUUCCUGUUUUCAGUGUUUACGUGUGUACAUAGCGGGAGGCCUCGUGACAGGCCUCGUGGAAGUGUGUGCACGCACACACACACACACACAGGCUGCACCACACUGGUGUUCGUGAUGCAUCAUCCACCACAGGUACUCACCUCCACUCACGGUACCUGCCGAUGCGCCCUGUGUAUAUAGAUGCACGUGUACUGUGUAUGUAAACCUGUACCUUCAGGAACUAGCCAUCAAAAUUAUGUAAGGACUGUGUGUGUGUUUGUGUCUGUUUGCAUGCGCGUGCGUAUCUGUGUGUGUGUGUGUGUGUGUGUGUGUGUGUGUGUGUGUGUGUGUGUGUGUGUGUGUGUGUGUGUGUGCGUGUGAGGGGACGAGGGACGUCCUCGUGGCGUGUGCGCAGAAAGUUAAGCUCCAGGGGUAAAAUUAUUAACGAGGAAAGACAGACAGACAGACCUGUACUCAGUCACUAACACCCAUCCACCCACACACCAAUACACACAUACUCCCUCUCUCUCUCUCUCUCUCUCUCUCUCUCUCUCUCUCUCUCUCUCUCUCUCUCUCUCUCUCUCUCUCUCUCUCUCCUUUCCCUGUCACAUUCCAGUCCCCUCCUUCCCUGCCUCCCUCACGCCAGCCUACAGCAAACACAAACACCGCAGCCACACGCCCUUCACAACAAACAUGAACAUGAACUCUUCGUAAAGGGAGCGGCAGUAAUUCCUCGGCCACGACCAAGUUAGCGAGCGAGCAACGCGUCGGUCCCUACACUGUCCCCCUCUCGCUGCCGCACUGAAGGCAAGGAAAGACUCACUCAAUGUCUCCAUACUCGUGCAGGAAACCGAGUGUUCGCUUCCCUCGCUGACCAAUACUGUAUCACACGCAUCUCUCUCUCUCCCUCCCUCCCUGCCUCCCUCCUUCCCUCCCUCCUUCCCUCCCGCUUCCCUUACCCUCACCAUACAUGUCCUGUCGGUGACACACACACGCAUACGUAACCAAUAUACUGGAUCACACGCACGUUUCACCCUUACUACACACACACACACACCUCCCAGUCACAGAGGGGGCGGAGAGAAGGGAACGGCGGGAUCACGGAGUCCACACAAGGUAAAAUUUUCAAUAAUAAGGCACUUUUUCUUCCCCUUGCCUGGGUUUGGCGCAUCGUCCCGGGACCUGAGGAGAGCAAGCGAGCGAGUGUCUGUCUCCUAGUGAUGGCUGAAAUGAACGAGCGUUUCUUCGAUGUUCUACCGAUAUUAUAUAUGAGGAUUAUAUUAUAUAUAUAAAUAUACAAAAAAAUAUAUAUAUGGAAAUGAUUAAACGUUUUCAUGCUUUGUA